AGGCAGCAUAAUUUAAUUGAACUUGGAAGAAGAUGGAGAGAAUGGAUGAAGCACAGUGUGAAGUUGAAAAACAGAUGUUUGGAGAAGAAAGAAGAUUUGAGGAAGAAAUAUUCGAAUUAGUUUGAAGAGAUAUUUACCAUUACUCAAACUUUUUAAAUAUCAAAAAAACUUUUUUAAUAAGUCUAGAUAAACUCCGCGUAUAUAAAUUUGCCAGAAAAAUGAAAUCUACUGCUAUUCCAGAUCUUAACCAGAUCAACUUCCGUCAAUUUCCCCCAAGAAAUAAGAGAACUGCUAGUCUCAUCUCAAGUUGAUUUCCUAGGUCAGUCAAGCGUAUGGCCGCUUAUCAGCAAUCUUGUUUUGAACCAAUUAGAAGAUAUUUUACAGAAUUUAUAAGAAUUGCUCCUAAAGUUCAACACGAGAUAUUAUUCAGGAGCUUUACUAUUAGUGACAGAGAAUUCAAAAGAAUUAUGUCUGCUGUGAGACAUGUUAGAGUGGUCUAUUUUGUAGAGUGCGAGAUUUCUGUUACUAAAGUCCCUGACUUUUCAUUAGCAUUAGCUAAAACUAGACUUGAAAAUUUUUGAAUGAUGAAAUGCAGCUAUGGUCAUAAAAGCAAUUUGGAACAAAACUCUCGAGAGUUUAAGAAUUUUAUUAAAGGAUUAAGCACCUCUAAUGAUCUUAAACAAAGCCUAAAGUGAAUGAUAGUUAAAUCUCAAACAUUAGAAAUAGGAGACAUCAAAAGCACACUAAAUGAAAAUGGGUUCGAAGAUAUCAAACUUUUUCUAUAA